UUCAAAUGAAUGAAGCGUCAUCUUUUCUCAUGUGAGAGCGGCGAGGCGUGUUGGCCUUUCUACUUUCUCCAUCCCGAACCGAACACUCUUCCGUUUUUCGUCGUCUUGAACCUUCGCAGCCAUGUCGAGAAGGCAACUGCGAGGCGCGCUCCUGCUGCUUAUGGUCGCACUAUGUUCGGCCACUUUGGUGAACGACGACGUCAAAAGGACAGUGGAUCUGAGCACUCAUUUGGCUAAGAUCACCGCGGACAUUACGAUGUCUAACCACGGACGCUACGACAUCCAAAGCUUGAUAUUAAGCGUGGAUCCUGAGCUUUACCCACAUCUGGCGCACAUGGGAGCCUCGGUGCAAGGUGAUGAAGAGGAGGAUGGCCAACUUGACAUCCAGGAGACACAAAUUAACGGCUUAACCGGGUUCCUUUUCAAAGUAACUCUUCCGUACAAGCUGGUAGUGGGCCUUAAGGUCAAACUAAAAGUGGAAAUGACAUUCAGCCACGUCCUCCAGCCCUUCCCAUCGGACAUCACCCAGGCUGAGCGCCAGCUGGUAGUUUUUCAAGGCAACCACUACUUCUACUCACCAUACCCCACCCAGAGUCAGACAACACGCGUUCGCCUGGCAUCCAAAACGGUGGAGAGCUACACCAAACUGGGCAAUCCCAGCAAGACUGAUGAUAUAAUUGAAUACGGUCCAUACAGUGACAUUCCCCAGUUUAGCCAGGAUACAAUGAAAAUCCACUUUGAGAACAACACACCUUUCCUCACAAUCAGUAGCAUUACUCGCACCAUUGAGGUGUCUCACUGGGGCAACAUCGCUGUGGAGGAGACCAUUGACGUGAGGCACACUGGAGCAAUCCUGAAGGGCCCAUUUUCACGCUACGAUUACCAGCGUCAGUCAGACAGUGGCAUCUCUUCUAUCAAGUCCUUCAAGACUAUACUUCCUGCUUCUGCGCAAGAUGUUUACUACAGGGAUGAGAUUGGGAACAUCUCCACCUCCCACCUGCAGAUUCUGGAUGACUCUGUGGAGGUAGAGAUCAGGCCUCGCUUCCCUUUGUUUGGAGGCUGGAAGACCCACUACAUUAUUGGGUACAACCUGCCCAGCUAUGAGUAUCUCUACACUCUGGGGGACCAAUAUGCACUGAAGAUGAGACUGGUUGACCACAUCUAUGAUGACCAGGUCGUUGACAACAUGACUGUGAAAAUAAUCCUACCAGAGGGAGCUAAAAACAUCCAGAUGGAUACACCAUAUAAAAUUAAUCGCAUGCCAAAUGAAUUGCACUACACUUACCUUGAUACCUUCGGCCGACCAGUGCUGGUUGUCACCAAGAACAACCUUGUGGAGCAGCACAUUCAGGAUGUUGUGGUUCACUACAACUUCAAUAAGAUCUUGAUGCUGCAGGAGCCUCUCUUGGUAGUCGCAGCUUUCUACAUUCUCUUCUUCACCGUCAUCAUCUAUGUUCGUAUGGACUUUGCCAUAACGAAGGACCCAGCGGCUGAGGUGCGCAUGAAGGUCGCUUCCAUCACUGAGCAGGUGCUGACCCUGGUCAACAAGCGUCUGGGCCUGUACCGACACUUGGACGAGGUGGUCAACCGCUACAAGCAAUCUCGUGAUACGGGCGCGCUCAACGGCGGCCGUAAGACGCUCGAGGCGGACCACCGUGCGCUCACCAACGAGAUCAGCUCGCUGCAGGCUCGCCUCAAGGCCGAAGGCUCCGACUUGGCCGACAAGGUGGCGGAGGUGCAGAAGCUGGACGGCCAGGUUAAAGAGCUGGUGUGCCGUGCCAGCCAGGAGGCGGAGCGACUGGUCGCCGGCAAGGUGAAGAAAGAGGCUUACAUCGAGAACGACAAGACUCUGGCCAGCAAGAGGCAAGAACUCAUCGGCCGUAUCGACAAUCUGCUGGAUGCUCUCUAAACAAGACGUCAACACUCAUCCCACAGCCAGCCAACCAUGUGUACACCAAUGUAUGUGACAAACAUACUUUUCACAUCAUGUACAGCAAGUAACGUGUCAUCUUGUGGGUUUAUCCAAACACUCGUUGUGCCUUGUGAUAAAACUGGUUCAUCACAAGUUGUUGAGCUCUCCCUUUGUCACAUGCUCAGACUUUACAUGUUUGCUGUUUAAAUCUCAACUUUUGUUUUAAUGAUUUAGGUUUCAUGUUUUGCAAAACGAAUAACAAAAAGUCAAGCUCAUGUGUUCUCUCAUGUCUUUGCUCACAUAUACCAAUACUACGUUUUUUCAAGCAGUUUGUUAUCAUGAUGGUUUUCUUGGCCAAUUUUCUCCGGUUUUGCACUUAACUGUACAAUUUUUCUACUUUCCCAUGAUAGUUAAAGCUCUGAAUUUUUAUGUUUUGUCACUUUUGUUUCUGUAAUUUAGUCCCAUUUUCUACUUUUAGAGGUUUUGGGUUGUUUUCACUGAAAUUAGUGAAUAUGUGACUAGGUUGUGUGUGAGAAGACAUGGGGAUGGAAAAAAAUUCAAAGCUGUCAAAUUUGAAAUAAAAAAUAAACAUUGGCCUAACA